UCCCGGGCCCGGCGAGCGGGCGGGUGGCUGGGGCGCCUCCACCUCCUCUUCCUAAAGCGGCGAGGCGCAGACGAGCGGCAUCACUGGAGCCCAGGUCCCGGCCACUGCCACACACGGCGUCGGGCGCUCAGGAGCAACAGCAGCGGCAGCGGAGGCGGCGGCCAGAGCGGCGGGCGGGCGCCAGAAAGGCCCGGGUCGAAAAGCCUGAGAGGGCCGCCGACCUACCCCCGGAGGAGGAGCCAGUCGGAGCCCGAGGCGCCGCCGCCGCCGAAGCCGCGCGGAGCCGCUUUCGCCGUCAUGGCCCACUCACCGGUGGCGGUCCAAGUGCCCGGGAUGCAGAAUAAUAUAGCCGAUCCAGAAGAGCUCUUCACGAAAUUAGAACGCAUUGGAAAAGGCUCCUUUGGAGAAGUUUUCAAAGGAAUUGAUAACCGUAGCCAGCAGGUGGUUGCUAUUAAAAUCAUAGACCUUGAGGAAGCCGAAGAUGAAAUUGAAGACAUUCAGCAAGAAAUAACGGUUUUGAGUCAGUGCGACAGCUCAUACGUAACGAAAUACUAUGGAUCAUAUUUAAAGGGUUCAAAAUUAUGGAUAAUAAUGGAAUACCUGGGUGGCGGUUCAGCGCUGGAUCUUCUGCGAGCUGGUCCAUUUGAUGAGUUCCAGAUUGCUACCAUGCUAAAGGAAAUUUUGAAAGGUCUGGACUACCUGCAUUCUGAAAAGAAAAUUCACCGAGACAUAAAAGCUGCCAACGUCUUGCUCUCAGAGCAAGGAGAUGUGAAACUUGCUGACUUUGGAGUGGCUGGCCAGCUGACGGAUACACAAAUUAAAAGAAAUACCUUUGUGGGAACACCAUUUUGGAUGGCUCCUGAAGUUAUCCAGCAGUCAGCUUAUGACUCAAAAGCUGACAUUUGGUCACUGGGAAUUACUGCUAUUGAACUAGCCAAGGGAGAACCACCUAACUCUGACAUGCAUCCAAUGAGAGUUCUGUUUCUUAUUCCAAAAAACAAUCCUCCAACUCUUGUCGGGGACUUUACUAAAUCCUUUAAGGAGUUUAUUGAUGCUUGCCUGAACAAAGAUCCAUCAUUUCGUCCUACAGCUAAAGAACUUCUGAAACAUAAAUUCAUUGUAAAAAAUUCAAAGAAGACUUCUUAUCUGACUGAACUGAUAGAUCGAUUUAAGAGAUGGAAGGCAGAAGGACACAGCGAUGAUGAAUCUGAUUCUGACGGGUCUGAUUCGGAGUCCACCAGCAGGGAAAAUAAUACUCAUCCUGAAUGGAGCUUUACCACUGUGCGAAAGAAGCCUGAUCCUAAGAAACUACAGAAUGGGGCAGAGCAAGAUCUUGUACAAACCCUGAGCUGUUUGUCUAUGAUAAUCACACCUGCAUUUGCUGAACUUAAACAGCAGGAUGAGAAUAAUGCAAGCAGGAAUCAGGCAAUCGAAGAACUGGAGAAAAGUAUUGCCGUGGCCGAAGCUGCCUGUCCUGGCAUUACAGAUAAAAUGGUGAAGAAAUUAAUUGAAAAAUUUCAAAAGUGUUCGACAGAUGAAUCCCCCUAAGAAACUUCUCGUUAUUGGCUUCUAUUUCAUAUGGACCCAGAGAAACCCACCAAAGCUACUUCAAGCUUACCAAUGCUUAACUCAUGAGCUCCAUGUGCCUUUUGGAUCUUUGCAACAUUGAAGAUUUGGAAGAAGCUAUUCAACUAUUUUGUGAUGGUGUUUAUCAUUUUCUAUUUUAAAGAGAUUAUUUUGUAAGGAGUAACUUUUAAUACUAUAGUUUCACCUGUAUUCUAGUAAAUGUUGAGACAGUUUUGCUUUUAGGUAUCAUUAUUACUUAAGUUACUAGGAUGAAUACUUUUCACGUUUUGAUCUUUAGUUAACUGUACAGUCAUGAAACAUACAGGUUGUUCAAAGUCAUCAUAAAUAUUCAACUUUUAUAAUCAUCAAGCUUCAAAAAGUUUGUUUUAAACACAGCAUAUUCUAAAAAUGACUAUUGGUGGGGAAGCAGAAACAAGUUACACAUUCUUAAGACAGAAGUUUUUGAUAAGCUCUUAGAAAUGAAACCUAGAAAAGUAUUGAUGUUUCUACAAAGUGGGUAUGAUAUUCCAGGCAGCUCAAUAAUGAUUACAUUUGAGAGCCCUGCGUCUGUAGUGUUUAGAGGCAACAUGUAGCAACAGAGGUACCUCUUGUGUGCAGUAUUUACUUUCUCUUACGGAAGAGAUGGUUGAUCCUUAUUUAACAUGGUUGGGAAGUUAACGCAAUACCAAUUAGCCAAGGAUGAAUUUUCAGUAAUACCGGAAGAAUAAGGAUUCAUUUUAAAAACCAACUCAAAUCGCAUAUUAUAUGAGUGGAUUUGGGGAGCUUAAAAAAAGCUGAUUAUCAUGUGAUUAUAAAUACCUGGUCAACAGGUAUGAAUAUAAUUUACACCAGCAUAUUUUUGUCAUGGUCUUAAAAUGUCCUAUAAACUAUUUAUACAUUUUUGUUCUUCAUAACUGUCCAAUACGUAAGCAUCAUUUGUUCAUUUUUGAGAGGGUAUUUAAAUAAGCAUUUUCUAAUUCAUAUGAAAAUAAUCAUAGUACCGGAUGAUUUCUGUCCGUACAAAGGUAGGUUAGAUUGUACAGUUAAUUUUCAGUUAUAUUUAUGGUACUGUUACGUGGGUAAUACCCUUUUCUGUUAAGCCCAGUAUAUAUAUUAUGCCUGCCUAAGUUCUGAAGUGGGGCUGUAUUUCAGUAGUUGUAGAAUUAUUGAUAUUAAUUAGUUUUGAUAGUUUAUGUUUUAUUGUUUGGAUCUGCACAAUUUGGGUUUUGCACAAAAGUCAUUUUAAUAAAGCUCAAUAAUUGCCAAAUGUUAGAAGAUGUUCUUCAAGUGAAGAAUAAGUUUUUAGUCAAAGUGGCCAUUACCUCCUCCUCUUUUGUAAUAAUACAGACACUUGAAUAAGUUGUUGUUGUGUCAUAUGCCAAGAAAAUGUUUUCAUUGGUGCCUAUACUGUAAUAAUUACUUUUAACACAUUUUAUUUUGAAGUAAUAGUUCAGUGAAAAAUUUCACCUGCUAACUAACUGAAACUCAAUCACCGUUUAUAAUUUGUAGAGGCCUGGUAAUAAUUUUGCAACUCAUGUGUCAAAUGAAUAUUUUUAUAAAAGUAAAAGCAACAAAUUUUUAAAUUGAUUAUUUGAAACUUUCAGCACAGCUGCAUUAUGAAUAGAAAAUUGUAUUGCUUAUUCAUUUUAGUUAUUAGUCCUGUAAACUGUUUCUGGGUAAGCAUACUUCAGUGUUUUGGGGGGAUUUAAAAAUAAAUAUUUAAAUUUCAUGGUC